AUGCACGCCAACCUCCUGACCCAUCUCCUCCCCCUCGCCCUCCACCUGACGCCUACAGCAGCCCAGGCCUCCGGCAGCGGCAGCACAACCCGCUACUGGGACUGCUGCAAGCCCUCGUGCGCCUGGCCCGGCAAGGCGGCCCUCUCGAGCGGGCCGGUCACGACCUGCGACAUCAACGACCGGCCGCUCGGCGACGCCAACGCGCGCUCGGGCUGCGAGGCCGGCGGCACGUCCUACAUGUGCAGCGGGCAGUCGCCGUGGGCCGUGUCGGCGGACCUCGCGUACGGGUGGGCGGCCGUGCGCGUGGCGGGCGGCGACGAGGCGUCGUGGUGCUGCGCGUGCUACGAGCUCACGUUCACGAGCGGGCCGGUGGCUGGGAAGAAGAUGGUUGUGCAGGCGACGAACACGGGGGCCGACCUCGGCUCGAACCACUUUGACCUUGCGGUGAGUUUCUUGUUGGGGGGGCGUUUUGUACUCUGCGGCCGAGUGUUCGGAGCGGAGCCCGUCCCGGAGGGUGGGGACCCAAAUCGGAGGACGUUGGCUGCGUUCCGGAGCGACGUCAACAUUCGGCAUACCGGGCAUCGCUUUCCGUGUCCCUCCUCAACCCCUCGUUCAAACCCCCCUGGAUCACGGCAGGAAUCGGGAGUGCAAGUCACAGCGCUGACCAGAGACAACAGAUCCCUGGCGGCGGAGUCGGCAUAUACAACGCCUGUACGGCGCAGUACAACGCGCCGCCCAACGGCUGGGGCGACCAGUACGGCGGCAUCCGCAGCCGCGCCGAGUGCGACGCCUUCCCGGAGGCGCUCAAGAGUGGGUGCUACUGGCGCUUCGACUGGUUGCUCAACGCGGACAACCCCCAAGUGA